UAAUUUUGAAUUCCACUGUCCCAGCUGGCAUCUGCCCUGCCAUUAACAUUCUCUUCAAUUUUCAAAUUCCUUCCCAACAACCAACCCUAAUAAUAUCCAUUCCCCGGCAAGAUAAAGUCAGCCGGAAACUUUAUCCCAACUCAGACAUGAAUAGGUCAAACAAGACAACCACCCACGGCGGCGCCGGCGCCGGCGGUUUCCCAAUGGCGGCACUUCCAUCGCCGCCGCAGAUGACCAGAGAGCAGGAGGAGUCGAUCAUGGUGGACGCCCUGACGGCCGUCAUUUCCCAAACGGAAAACGCCGCCGCCGUCGACGGCUCUGCGUUUUUUCCGGCGGUUUUCGACAGCACGGAUACGACCUGCCCCUCCUGCGGAAUGAUUAUGAAGGACUGUUUGGGGUGCAGUUUUUUCGACGACGGAAUAAUGAAGAAGAAGAAGAAGAAGCAGCAGAAGAAUUACAGAGGCGUGCGGCGGCGGCCGUGGGGGAAGUGGGCGGCGGAGAUUCGCGACCCCCGCAAGGCGGCGCGUGUGUGGCUCGGAACUUUCGAGACCGCCGAGGACGCCGCCCGAGCCUACGACCGGAAAGCAAUCGAGUUCCGCGGCCCUCGGGCGAAGCUCAAUUUUGCGUUCUCCGAUUACACCGGAGCCACCUCCUCCGGCCCCGGCGCCGCCGCGCCGGAAAUUGGGUCAGGGAGCAACGGCGAUAAGGAGUUCUGGGAUUCGAUGAUGAUGGGUUCUAACGACGAAGAUUCUGGAAACCCCUCGAAUGUCCGCAGGAUUUAGGCAGUUUAUUUAGAUAGCAGUUACGUUGCUUUAAUAAGUGACGGAUAAAAACAGAAAAUAUAAGUUAAUUUAAUAUGGAGUACUAUAAAUACUCCGUUUGUUAAUUAGAAUUUUGAAGAUGAUCAAGGUUUUAGAAAAUUUUGAAAAUAAUUAAAAAUAAGUAUUGACGUUAUAUUUUG